UGUUGUUACUCUGUGAAGGUGUCGCUUACUUUUUAUUUCUCCAGGCAGGAGAGACGUCUCCCUCUACUGAUCUUCCAUUUCUCUGCAGUUAUACCCAAACUGUAUUGUUCUUAUAUACACAUGAGGAGUUGAAUCCGUGCUGGAUUAAGUGUCUGUGAAGAUCCAUCAUCUCUGCUGAGAACCAUAAAGGACAUCAGUCAUGAUAGUAUGACUAGUAACUGUCAUGAAGAUCCUACAGGAUACUGCAGCCUGAAGUCCUGGAGUAAUUCCAGCCAAGAACAGAGUGGUCAGUGAACCACUCACUUACCUGGACCAACAUUAAGUUUACGUUGCGUUUAGUCGACUAUUUUUAUCAAGAAGAUAAACCUCAGAAGAUUCAUCUAUAAAACUAAACUUUGUUAAUACAAAGAGAACCAGGAAACAGACUAGAAAGACGUAACUAUUGUUUCUCGACAAGAAAAAUGAUCAGUCUUCCUUGUUCGUAAACUGUGUAAGUCAACGACGCUGCUGUUCAUCUCAUAUAGAUCUCCAAAUAGCAUUUUGAGACAUAAUUAAUAGAGAAAGAUUGACAGAUAUUUUAUAAAGUUUUACGAAACAUUGUCUACAAUGUCACUUUAAUACGGAUGAUCCAGCGAGUCUCUGCUACACAAACAACAACACUCAAUAUUGACAAUUAUUUAUAAAAGCCUUUUUCAAAAACAAGACAGUAAAAAACGGGACUAAAAGCAGGAUAGAAAAUCAAAGAAAGUUUGAAAGCAACGAGUGAAGAUUAACGAGCUAAACUGAGGCUCCAGCAAGUGAAGAUUAACCAGCGAAACAGUCUUCAACUCUUUCCUUCAUAGACGCUCUGAACCUGUCUCGCUCUUAGGUGUUUCUCUCAGGAGACAAUAUUUCUCAAACUAAUUCAUAAACCAGGUGACGACUCAAGGUGAUCAUGGAACCCAAGGAGAGACAAGAGGAGAGGACUGGAGUCAGUCUGCACGACGGCGACAUUAACACCACCAGCAGCAGCACAUGUAUUUACCCGCAAGAAACUGUCGUCACCAGCCACGACAUUACUCACAUCUCUGACCACGACCACCACAAAGGACGUCUGGGCGCCUCCCACCACGACGACCGCCAGGGACGUCUGGGCGCCUCCCACCACGACGACCGCAAGGGACGUCAGGAUGCUGCCAAAAACAUUUCGAACUGUGAAACGCUGUUACAUAUGAUGAAGGGUAACGUUGGUAGUGGGGUACUGGCCAUGCCCCAGGCCUUCAUGAACGCUGGACUCUGGGUAGGCCUAGCUGGUGUGCCCAUUAUGGGCCUAAUCUGCGUGCACUGUAUGCACAUCUUGGUCAGGAGCUCGAAGGAGCUGUGUAGAAGGUCGAUGGUGGAGAACUUGAGUUACGAGGAGACGGCAGAGAUGGCCUUCAAGAUGGGUCCUGCAGGAUGCAGAAGGUGUCACAGAGCUGUCUUCUACAUUAUCAACGUCUUCCUUGUUAUUACACAGCUCGGAUUCUGUUGUGUCUAUUUUGUCUUCAUACCCCAGAACAUCCAGGAGGCAGUGAAGUGCAUGACUCCCGCUGGUACCAACAUCUCCAUCUAUGGCUACAUGGGGAUGGUGGUCGUGCCUCUCCUCCUUAUAUCUUACAUCCCCAACAUCAAGUACUUGGUCCCGGUGUCGAUGGUAGCUGGCGCAGUGCAGAUGACCGGCAUCACUAUCUGUUUGUACUAUAUGUUGAGGGAUCUGCCUCACGUCCACGAAGAUCUGCCUGCCUUUGCUGGAUGGGCGUCUCUUCCCCUCUACUUCAGCUCCAGUAUCUUCGCCUUCCAGGGAAUUGGUUUGGUGUUGCCACUGGAGAACAAGAUGAAAACACCCAGGGAGUUUGGUGGAUUAACUGGGGUGCUGAACACCGCUAUGAUGCUGGUAGUGUGCUUGUACGCCAGCGUUGGUUUCUUUGGUUACCUCCAGUAUGGCAGUACAGUUCAAGGCUCCAUCACUCUCAAUCUUCCUGCUAGCGACCCGCUUGCCCAGACGGUGAAGCUGCUGAUGGCCAUAGCUCUGUACAUGACGUACCCACUACAGAUGUACGUACCAGUGGAGAUGCUGCUGCCAGCAGUCACCAGACACUUCCAUACUAAGUGUACCAAGAUAAUAGCCGAAUAUGUCUUCAGGACCGCCAUGGUCCUGCUUACCUUCGUGUUUGCUGCCUCUGUCCCCAACAUCGGAUUGUUUAUCUCGCUGUUCGGAGCUGUGAGCAGCUCAGCACUGUCACUCAUCUUCCCUCCCAUCAUUGAAAUCGUCACCUUCUGGCCUGACACAGGAAGAUGCCACUGGGUCCUCAUCAAGGUGAGGAUUAGGUCCCGCUGGGUCCUCAUAAAGGUGAGAAUUAGGUCCUGCUCUGUCUUUGUUACGAACACAGAGAAAAAGAACAGGUUUGUCUUGUCUAAAGAAUAUCAGUCAUUGGAAUCACUUAUUAAGGUAAAGGAAUCAUACCACGGGCGGGAUUUGAACCCGCGGUCAGAGAGUCUCAAAACUCCAGACCGUCGUGUUAGCCACUGGACCAGCUAGCCACAAUAAGAUUCG